AUCUGACAGGUCUAUUUUAACUAGAAGGACAGAAAUUCUUUCCGCGCUCGAUCGGCAUCUUGGACAUGCUAUAAAUACUCUCCUUCCUGUUGUUCUCUUAUCAUUUCUAUGAUUGCUGUCAGCACAGGGGCUGUCAUUAAGGUUUGACCCUAGUUUACUUGUAGCAUCUCAUUCUAAUAAAACGAUGUCCGUCCCUUGUGCCCGCCCGGUGCUAGGUUUCAUUGCUUAAGGGCUUAAUACCCCAGUGUAGAAGUCCAUGCAGCCCCACCACCAUCCCCACUAAAAUGUAAGGAUUUGGCUGGAAGGGGUGCUGCUGUGUGCCUUAGCCAUCGGUCCAACUUGCAUGCUCAGGCUGGUUUUGCUGGGCGAAACAUCCCCUUGUCCAGGAGCACGGUGUGGCUAGCAGUAAAGGAGCAAGUAUUUGAACCUGUAUGACGGGGACCUGAGGUGCGGGCGUAGGAGAGCGGAGCUGGCCAUGGAAGAGAGCAAAGAAGCGAUAGCCGCCUUGCCAACCCCAGCCACUGACAAAACUAUACGCUGGGCCUCAAAAUGGCCUUUAAAAGCACAAGGAUCUUCCCCCCACCCCCUUUUAAUUCAAAUCUGUUGACUUGCUUUCUGUUUGUUUGAGUCUUUAGAGUUGACAAUUCAAGCUUUUUCUCUGCGACCAUGAAGGCUAGAAGGUAACUUUAAAAAAACAAAACGCCAAAGCUGAGAAUCACAGGAGUCCAGGAGCUGGGACUUUAAGAGAAAUACCCGAUAUGUGUGCUGGGGAAGAGAAACGAGUUGGUACACGAACCGUCUUAGUUGGCCACCGCCCCGUGUCUGAAACGGAUGCUUAUGUUGCGCAGAAAUUUUGCGACAACAGAAUCGUCUCCUCCAAGUACACUGUCUGGAAUUUUCUCCCGAAGAAUCUUUUUGAGCAGUUUAGAAGAAUUGCCAACUUUUAUUUCCUUAUCAUCUUCCUUGUUCAGGUCAUAGUUGAUACGCCAACCAGCCCGGUAACCAGUGGGCUUCCACUUUUUUUUGUAAUCACUGUUACAGCUAUCAAACAGGGAUAUGAGGACUGGUUGAGACACCGAGCUGACAACGAAGUAAAUAAGAGCAAUGUCUUCGUUAUUGAAAAUGCAAAGCAAGUACGAAAAGAGAGUGAAAAAAUUAAGGUUGGGGACAUAGUAGAAGUGAAAGCAGAUGAAACCUUCCCUUGUGAUCUGAUCUUCUUGGCAUCGAGCAGUCCUGAUGGGACCUGCUAUGUUACUACAGCCAGUCUGGAUGGUGAAUCGAACUUCAAGACUCAUUAUGCUGUGCGGGACACCACGGUGCUGUGUACACACGAAACCAUAGACUCCCUGGCAGCCACCAUCGAGUGCGAACAGCCUCAGCCUGACCUCUACAAAUUUGUUGGAAGAAUUAACAUCUACAGAAGUAACCAAGAACCCAUAGCCAGGUCUUUGGGUCCAGAAAACCUGUUGCUGAAGGGUGCUACCUUAAAAAAUACCAAGAAGAUUUAUGGGGUUGCAGUCUACACGGGAAUGGAAACAAAAAUGGCUUUGAACUACCAAGGGAAAAGUCAAAAGCGUUCCGCUGUAGAGAAAUCUAUCAAUGCUUUCUUGGUGGUGUAUUUGUGCAUCUUGCUGAGUAAAGCUACAGUGUGCACCACGAUGAAGUAUGUCUGGCAGAGCAAUCCAUUUAAUGAUGAGCCUUGGUAUAAUGAGAAAACCAAAAAAGAGAAAGAGGCAUUCAAGGUCUUAAGGAUGUUCACCGACUUCCUGUCAUUUAUGGUCCUGUUCAAUUUCAUUAUCCCAGUCUCCAUGUACGUCACAGUAGAAAUGCAGAAGUUUCUGGGGUCCUUCUUCAUUUCUUGGGAUAAGGAGAUGUACGAUGAAGAAAUAAAAGAAGGAGCUCUGGUGAACACUUCGGACCUCAAUGAAGAGCUUGGACAGGUUGAAUAUGUGUUCACAGACAAAACUGGGACCCUGACUGAAAACAGCAUGGAGUUCAUUGAGUGCUGCAUAGAUGGGCACAAGUACAAAGAGUCCAUUUCCGAGGUGGAUGGGCCUCUGAAAUAUUAUGGUAAAGCAGAAAAGUGCCGAGAAGAGCUGUUUCUGCGUGCUUUGUGCCUGUGCCAUACUGUUCAGAUCAAGGAAGGAGACCAAGUGGAUGGACUGAUUGAGCAUCUGGAACACCGAUCUACCUAUAUCUCCUCUUCACCCGACGAAAUAGCUUUGGUGAAAGGCGCCAGAAAGUAUGGUUUCAGUUUCCUAGGACUUGAAAACAAUUACAUGAAAGUAAAAAACCAGAACAAUGAAACGGAAAGGUACCAGCUUCUUCACAUACUAAAUUUUGAUCCUGUCCGUCGCCGGAUGAGUGUCAUUGUCAGAACUAUCACAGGGAAGCUGCUCCUCUUCUGUAAAGGAGCCGACUCGUCUAUUUUUCCAAGAGUGCAGCAAGAUGAAAUACAACAAACUAAAGUGCAUGUGGAUCGUAAUGCCAUGGAUGGGUAUCGAACACUUUGCGUGGCCUUUAAAGAAUUCUCUCAAGAGGAGUAUGAUCAAAUCGAUAAGCAGCUUUGUGAAGCUAAAAUGGCUCUCCAGGACAGAGAAGAGAAGAUGGCGAAGGUUUUUGAAGACAUAGAAGCCAACAUGCAUUUGAUUGGGGCCACCGCAGUGGAAGACAAACUCCAGGAACAGGCAGCAGAAACCAUUGAGGCCCUGCAUGCGGCCGGCAUGAAGGUUUGGGUGCUUACUGGGGACAAGAUGGAGACGGCAAAAUCCACCUGCUAUGCCUGCCGGCUGUUCCAGACCAACACUGAGCUGCUGGAGCUGACCACCAAAGUGGUGGGGGAUAGUGAGAGGAAAGAGGACCGGCUACAUGAGCUAUUGAUGGAAUAUCGUAAAAAACUGCUGCAGGAGUUUCCCAAAAAUAGUGGAGGCCUUAAAAGGAGCUGGGUGUUGAACCAAGAGUACGGCCUCAUCAUAGAUGGCUCAACAUUGUCACUAAUUUUAAAUCCGUCUCAGGAUUCUAGUUCCAGUAAUUACAAGACCAUUUUCCUACAGAUUUGCUUGAAGUGUACUGCAGUGCUGUGUUGUCGCAUGGCUCCUUUACAGAAAGCACAGAUUGUCAGGAUGGUAAAGAGCACCAAGGGCAGUCCAAUAACACUAUCAAUAGGAGAUGGCGCCAAUGAUGUUAGCAUGAUUUUGGAAGCGCAUGUUGGAAUCGGUAUAAAAGGCAAAGAAGGUCGCCAAGCUUCAAGAAACAGUGACUAUGCUGUUCCGAAAUUUAAGCAUUUAAGAAAACUACUACUAGCACACGGGCAUUUAUAUUAUGUGAGAAUUGCACACCUUGUACAGUAUUUCUUCUAUAAGAACCUUUGCUUCAUUUUACCACAGUUUUUGUACCAGUUUUUCUGUGGAUUCUCACAACAGCCUCUCUACGAUGCUGCUUACCUUACGAUGUACAAUAUCUGCUUCACAUCACUACCGAUCCUGGCCUACAGCCUGCUGGAGCAGCAUAUCAACAUUGAAACUCUGACCUCAGAUCCACAACUGUAUAUGAAAAUUUCUGAUAAUGCCAUGUUACAAUGGAAGCCCUUCUUUUACUGGACCUUUCUGGGCGCCUUUGAAGGACUUGUGUUUUUCUUCGGAGUUUACUUUCUUUUUCAAAAUUCAUCAUUAGAAGAUAAUGGAAAGGUUUUUGGAAACUGGACCUUUGGAACUAUUGUUUUUACCAUAUUAGUCUUCACUGUCACACUAAAGUUAGCACUAGAUACUCGAUUCUGGACUUGGAUGAACCACUUUGUGAUCUGGGGCUCCUUGGCCUUCUAUGUGUUUUUCUCGUUCUUUUGGGGAGGAGUCAUUUGGCCUUUCCUGAAGCAGCAAAGAAUGUAUUUUGUAUUUGCACAUAUGGUGACUUCUUUAUCAAGCUGGCUGGCAAUAAUCCUCCUGAUCUUCAUCAGCCUUUUCCCAGAGAUUCUUCUAAUAGUUUUUAAAAAUGUAAGAAGGAAAGCCCAGGAACAUCCACUAUCUUCAUGCUCUCUCAAACUUCCAGCAAUCACACCUUUUCUUGGAGUGAAUAAGAAUGCCCCCUUUGAUCCUCCUAUGUUACUGUCCUACAAACAUAUGGAGAAUGGUUGCAUCUUUAAAUGGAAACCAGAAGAGGUUAUUAAUUUGACAGAAAGAGGUCCUCUCAGGAUACUGCAAAUGCAGCAACGCUAAACACAGCACAUGGGCAUGCUGUAGGACAAGCCAUGCAUCUGUGAACUAACGAUGCUCUCUUAAGAUGACACACACGCUGUAAGCAGCCAUGCUGACACAGCAGUAGCCAAGGCCACAGAACCCAUUUCUUUUGGCUAUUUCCUCCCCCAGAUCUAGAAAUCAAAAAAAGCACGGGAAACAAAAAGCCUGUCUGAAUGGCAAGUCAUGCUUAGAACUGCAGGCGAGUUGAAUAACCCAAACUUGAGAGAGACAGAGAGAGGUGGACGCGGCAUUCCCCCCCGCCCUGCAUCUGGAUGGAGACUUAUCUUUUACAGCCGCAGCAAUUGUUCCAACAGCAGUGAACCGCUGCUAAAGUCUUCUCCUUUUGCCUGACCAAAGAAGUACGCAGCCUUCAAAACUUAAUUAAGGGCUGGUCCAACUCCAUGGAAGGGAAUGGAAGAAAGUUCCUGUUGCCUUGUCUAGAAGUUGGAUUGGACUCUGCCUGGGAGCUACAUGCUGUCCUCUCUAACAACCCCCAUUGCCUUGUGAUGGGGGGGCUGCGUACCAGCAUCUGGAGACAGGAUGUGAUCCUUAGAAGCACUGAGCUUUCCAAUGAACACGGCAGGAUGACAUGAAGCACUGAAGAAUUAGUUACUGCUGGUGUGAAACAUUCAGUGACCUCAGGGGUAGAUGAGUUAGUUGUUCCACGUUCCUUUUAAAAAGUUAAGUGUUUUUAUCCAGAAAUCCAAGGAGCUGAUGAAAUAUUUGAAGAGUUCUUAUGUGGUGAGAAUUUUUUUUUCCAUGUUACAAUUGGUUGUUUUUUUUAUUUCUGAAAAAAGUUAAAGGAAAAAUAAUGAGCAUUUUCCCCUUUUAUGUCCUGGAAAUAAACAGAAUCCUUCUGUUUGAGAGUGCCUCUCUGGUCAGA